GUCAAGCAGGUGGCGCCCUCCUCCGGCGCACAUGAGAAACAUGUAACGUUUAAGUUAGGGUUAGUUGGUUGGUUUAGUUAUCGUUAGCGUGCACCUUGCGCAACAUGCCUUCGUUGGCACGUUACCGAGGCAUGCCCCUGCGCACGAGAGACGCCGACUGCGGCGUGCGAACCGACGACUUCGCAUCCCCACCCCGGAGGACCUAGUUAACCGGAGCGAAACCUCACCUAACCAGCACGGUUAGUAAGCUAACUAUUAGCGGUCAACCGAAUGCCUCUCUUAACGCCUGCAACAACCUUACAAAACCAAUCUCCGGAGACCUUACCACGCCUCCGGGACGACGAUGGUGCUCAAGUUUACGGUCGAACAGAUCGACUUGGUUCGCCGCUUAAAAGACACCGGUAUCACGAUGAAAGAGAUCGGCAUCAUAUACUUCAAGUUGGAGCGGCUGGAGCGCACCAUCCGCAGGGGCGCCGAUCAACGCCGCUCGCCUCCUCAGCACUACGUCGGUGCUAACGGCGGUGGAUUUACGGCACCGAACGGCAUUGCGACGCCUCCGACGACCGUAGCGAGCGUGCCGACGCAGCCGCAGCCGCCGGCUCAACAAGCGACGCCGAGGAACGAAGAGGACGAGUGCACGUCGAGCUCCGAGAGCUCGUCCACCGAGUCGCCGGCACACCAGCAACAACAGAAUGGCUUUCAACAGCAGGACUGCGCUGUCGCUGCAGUUGCAGACGGGUGUCAGAGGUCGGCGACUGCACCCCCGGACGCUUCGCAGGGACACUCGAACGCUGUUGUGCCCCGAGGCGUUCAAGGCCUGGCGUUCCCACGGCGGCACCACUUCCGCUUCACCGACUCCCAGCUGCAGGUGCUGCGGAGGGCAUUUGAGGCCAACCCCUAUCCCGAGGCGGACGAGAGGGAUGCCAUCGCCACUGAGUGCAACCUCAGUGCGCUCAAUUCUGGCGAGCCAGUUCCGACAGAUGUGACAGCCAGCAUGGUGAACAACUGGUUCUGCAAUCGUCGAAAGGAUGCCAGCAAGCUGCUGAAGCACUCCACCCCGAGCACCGACAUGACCAGGCUGCCCCAGGACGCGCUGAAGCGGCUGACCAAGCAGCGUGAGCGCUUCACCUUUGUCAAGGGCCACCUGGAAAUCUUGGAGAGGCACUAUCAGCGGAACCCUUACCCUAGCCAGAACGACAAGGAGAGGGUCGUGGAGGAGUGCAACGCCUACUCCAUGGAGAGUGGUUCAAGCCGGUGCGGCUUCAUGACAAUAACCAACGUCAGCAACUGGUUCGCCAACGGCGCACGAGGGAGUUCCACCGCCAGUCCAGACACGUAUGUACACACCCACGUGUGCAUGUCGCUGUCACCUAUGCUGUGA